AUCUUCCUGCAGGGGCUGCUCGGCGUCGUGGCCUUCAGCACGUUGAUGCUCAAACGCUUCCGAGAACCAAAGCAUGAAAGACGUCCGUGGAGGAUAUGGUUUCUAGACACUUCCAAACAAGCCAUAGGAAUGCUGUUCAUCCACUUUGCCAAUGUGUACCUAGCGGAUCUCACCGAAGAGGACCCUUGCUCACUGUACCUCAUCAACUUCCUCCUGGACGCCACCGUGGGCAUGCUGCUCAUCUACCUGGGGGUGCGUGCCGUCAGCGUCGUGGUGGAGUGGCAGCAGUGGGAGUCCCUGCGCUUUGGCGAAUAUGGAGACCCUCUGCAGUGCGGAGCCUGGGUCGGCCAGUGUGCGCUGUACAUCGUGAUCAUGAUGUUUGAAAAAGCUGUCGUCUUCAUCAUCCUCCUGAUACUUCAGUGGAAAAAGGUGGCCCUGUUGAAUCCCAUUGAAAACCCAGACCUGAAGCUGGCCAUCGUCAUGCUGAUCGUCCCCUUCUUUGUCAAUGCUUUGAUGUUCUGGGUAGUGGACAAUUUCCUCAUGAGAAAGGGGAGGACGAAAGCUAAACUGGAGGAAAGGGGAGCCAACCAGGACUCGAGGAAUGGGAGCAAGGUCCGCUACCGAAGGGCCGCAUCCCACGAGGAGUCGGAGUCGGAGAUCCUGAUCUCGGCCGAUGACGAGAUGGAGGAGUCCGACGUGGAGGAGGACCUCUGCAGACUGACGCCCCUGAGGCCUGCGAAGAAAAAGAAGCACCGCUUCGGGCUGCCUGCUGGCCCCGAGGGAGCCCCCAUCAAGAAGAAGCGCCCCCCUGUGAAGGAGGAGGACCUGAAGGGGGCCCGAGGGAACCUGACCAAGAACCAGGCGAUCAAGUCCAAGACCUACCAGGUCAUGCAGGAGUGUGAGCAAGCCGGCGUUGCCGCACCAUCUGUGUUCAGCCGCACCCGGACCGGCACUGAGACCGUCUUUGAUAAGCCGAAAGCUGGGCCUGCCAAGAGUGUCUUUGGCUGAGAAGUACAUGCCACGCCACCCCCUGGGCACUGACAACACCUAGACAAAGGAGUCUCCCAAGAACUCUUUCAUGCCACCACUCCCCUGCUCCCCUGUUGCCUCUGGGACUGCCACCCUCCCCCUCACUCUGGCCUCUCAGCCCAGGCCCUCUGCGCCAGGCCCUGGGAAACACCAAUAAAGAGGAUGCCCAAGCAGCCCCGGCA